AUCUAUUCAAUUUAGCAAUUGUAAUGAUGUUCGUAACGUCUAUCUCCUCAGUCUAAAAUUACUUAAAACAGGAUGCUGGUGUCACUUACACUACUGUGUUUAUCAAUAUUGCGGAUCGAUGUCAUAGCGGAGAACUUGGCCGUAAACGAACACAAUCAAACGGAUAAACAUCUUCAUUACUUACCAGAACCUUCAGCUCCGUCAACAAUUGAACCUUUGGACCAGACUCACGAUGUUGUACGGUAUCAACAUAUGAUCAACAACUCUCCUAACAGCAACUAUGUUGUAUACUACACUGAUAGCAAUGCUUACGGACAAAGUUCACAACAGUUUCAAAGUAUGCCCCAUAGUGAGCGGUUAUCGAGAAUGAUUAGGCACAGCUCGCAUCCAAUCUCUGUUCAGUUACUAUCACUAGUUCAACCAACUGUGAGUAACGAUUACUUACUCAAAGAGUUUGGAAAUGAAGAUAUGGAAGGAACCAAGACACAAAGAUUGCUUUCGGAUACCCAGAAUUUAGUGAGAACCGAAGAUUCAGUUGAUAUCAAUUACGCUCAAGAUAGUGCCACAGACCGUUCCCAAGGGACUGUCAGACAAUAUUCCAAAUCAGAAGACAGUGUUCUAAGUGGAAGCGAACACACUGUAAACAAGGCAGUACUGGCAAGCUUUAACGCACCGAUUGUUGUCACCGAUAAAGAUGCUUCGGAAACUAGUGAUAUUGAAAGCCGUCGACUCAAUAGUAGUAGAUCAUAUGUAAAACAAAUAAAUGUGGAAAUUUUGGAGGAGUCCAUGGAUCACAACAAUGGGCAGUAUUUAAAGGAAACUACAAUUUUAUCCAGCAAACCAGCUGAGCCAUGCGACAAAAACAACAACGAAAAAGAUAUUCUAAUCACUAAACCAGAAGUCACAUCAAUUAAACCUGGAAAAGUAUCAAAACUCCGAACAUCAACUACUGCACGGUUGAGCACGAGACACAAGGGUUCUUAUACGACUGAUAAACCUACAGAAAUCUUAUUUACCACAACCACAAUCACUGUUGGUAAAAAGUCUGUAUUUUCAAGAUAUUUAGCACCAUAUCAGGCAGGCUUACGUCUAUCUGAUUCCGGUAAAAAAUACUCGAAUCAAGAUUGUUCUGAUGACAAUACUCUUAUUGAAGAGCGUAGUGUUGUAGACGUGCAAAAGAACUUCAAUAUUAAGGAAUUAUUAAUUAAUAAUACAACCCCGUCUACACGGCAUUUUGAUGUCGACACAAAAAAUAUUCAGCAACCAGUUUUUGCAGAAAAACCUAUCGAUCGAAUUGUAAAGCAACCAGUUUUUAUUGAAACCCCAGUUUUAAGGGUUUUAAAACAGCCUACUAUCGUGGAAAAUCAAGUAGAGCUCAAACAACCUGUUGUUGAAAAUUCAGUGCCAUUAGUCAUUGAUCGAAUUGUAGAAAAACCUAUUCAUUAUAUUGUUGAUCGGCCGAUUCAGAUAGAAAAUAAUGUACCUGUAGAGAAAAUUGUCAAAACUCCAGUAGUAGUAGAAAAAAUAAUCACGGAAGAAGUGAAGAUUCCUUAUCACGUACCACACAUCCUUGAUCGACCAGUAACUGUGGAGAAAAUUGUGAAAAAGCCUGUAGAAGUUCCACAUUACAUUGAUCGUCCUGUGAAAAAAAAAAAUGAGCGUCCAGUUGCAGUGAAGACCACAGUAGAAACAAAUAUUGAAAAGAUUAUUAAUCGACCAAUACCAAUACAACAUGUAAUCGAAAAACAUGUACAGGUCUCGGUACCAGCAGCAUUGGAGAAAGUUGUUGAAAAAAUUAUAGACCGUCCUGUGCCUUACACGGUCGAGCAAAUUAUUGAUCGCCCGUUUCCAGUGGAAAAAAAUGUUGAUCGGCCCUACCCAGUGCAAGUACCCGUGGAAAUACCAGUACACUAUCCUGUACAGGUGCCUGUGGCUAUACCAGUACUAUAUCCAGUAGAGAAAUACAUAACUCUACCAUUACAUGAACCAAAACCAACACAUUCAAUAAUUAAAACCGUUCAUUACGAGCAUUUAGAUUUUGGAAUGUUUUUGGCUCAGAAAAAGAAAUAUUUAGUUGAUCAUUUCUUCCCAAAAUCUCACCACUACCCAAAAAUUGAUGGCGCAAAACCAGGCGAAAUGCAUAGUUUCUAUCCAAAUAAUCGGUAUCCUAUAAAUGAUUUACACUAUGCAGCGUCAUCAUCAAAUCCGGUCAUUGUGGAUAAUCACCAUUUUAAUACUCAAGCAAAAAACUUACACGAAAAACAACCCUUGGAAAUUCUUAACGACGAUGCUUAUGCAGCAGGGAAUGUUGCUUCCAUGCAAUAUGAACCAGUCAUUAAGGACGAUUACAUAGGACCAAUUCCAUUAUUGGCGGAUCAUUGGGCUAAAAGCGACGUAAAAUUCCGACGUAAUCCUAGCUACGGAAAGGGUCAUCGCAUCGAAUACGGAGGAUUUAAGCCACCAUUAGUGCCAUCGGUUGAGAUAGAUGAGCAUGGCAUUCCACUUUUAAAAAAAAGCCCUCCUCUGCUUUCUUGGUAGUAUCUUCGGUAGAAAAUAAUAAUUUAGACGUGAAUUUUCCUGUUUGAUUGAGCGUAGGUUAUAUGUUUUGUUUGCUAUACUAUUUAUUGCUUUUUAAGUCAUAAAAAACGUUUACCAAUUGAGAAAUUGUAGAUGAAAUAAAGUAGUAGCAAAAAAUAAUAAAAAAGAUUUUAAGUGCUAUGUGUCAGACUUAUGA